AAUCAUAACAAGAAGGUUUUUUGCCUUCUUCUUUUCUUCUUCAUUGCAACACAGCACACACAUACUCUGUUUGUGCAAUGUCGGAAUUCAGAACCGCCACGACAAGAAGGGGCAAAAAGGAGCUUCAAAAACGUGCUCCAAAACUCAUUGAAUCUGGGAAGAAAACAUUGGUGCUUCAUGGGACCAAAACUAGUUCUGUUUUAAACGCUGUUUUGACUCAGAUUUAUCAUCUGAAGAAGGAAAGUGCUGUUAAGUAUAGCCGUAAGAAUGAUAAGAUUAACCCUUUUGAAGCUGGUGGUGAAACCUCUUUGGAGUUUUUCUCCCAAAAAACUGAUUGCAGUCUCUUUCUGUAUGGAUCUCACUCAAAGAAGCGACCUAAUAACCUUGUUAUUGGGAGAACAUAUGAUCACCAUGUCUAUGAUCUGGUAGAAGUUGGGAUUGAAAAUUUUAGACCCAUGGAGUCAUUUGUGUAUGAUAAAAAAUUAGCUCCAAAGGAAGGUUCAAAGCCUUUUAUGGCUUUCAUUGGAGAAGGGUUUGAGUCUAUUAUUGGACUAAAACAUUUGAAGGAAGUUCUACUCGAUCUUUUUCGCGGAGAGGUCGUUGAGAAUUUAAAUCUUGCCGGAGUGGACCAUGCAUAUGUAUGUACUGCCCUUUCUUCAACUAAGGUGUUUUUUACACACUGUGCACUGCGGUUGAAAAAAUCAGGCACAGUUGUACCAAAAAUGGAAUUGGUAGAAGUUGGCCCUUCCAUGGAUAUGGUUAUUCGCCGGCAUCGUCCUCCUAAUGAAAGUGUGAGAAAGGAAGCCAUGAGAUCAUCAAAAGACAACCCAAAGAAAAAGGAGAAGAAUGUCAAAAAGGAUCCCCUACAAGGAAAGAUCGGAAAUGUUUAUAUUCCAGAUCAGAAGAUUGGAGAAAUGGCUUUGCCCAAUAAAUCGAAAGGAGUGAAGAGGGAACGCCGAGAAGCCAGGCAGAAUCAUUGGAGUGAUGAGCAUGCAUCAAAAAAGAAGAAGGAAGAAGAUUCUUAAAAUAUUAUACAUUACAUAUGUUGUCUUUCGAUGUCUUUUGAUUAUGAAGUGAUCUAGGUGGCUUGAAUAUUCUUCAUUUCACACCUAUACAGGGAGGUAUUUUUGUCGCCAUUUAGUUGUAAGCUAAAGCUAUAGUUUGCACUGCCUAUUUCCGAUAGUUGUUUUUCUGUAUUUCUUAAAUGUGCCACCAGAAAAUUUGGAUAUGUUUUCAAACUGACCUAGUAGUAUUGGAUCAUAACACCAUUAACGC